UGCUAAUUAAAAAAAAAAAAAAAAAAAAAGAUUAAGAAGGUUUUUGAAAUCUUCUGUAAUUGAAAUGUGGUUAUCUUUCAGACGCAAGUGGGAUUAAUCUUCCUCAAAUAAUGGGGCUAGAAUGUUAAGAGUAGAAUGUAGAUUGAAAUAGAGAGAGUUAGAGAGAAGAGAGAUGGCUACUGAGACUCAUCAUCAUCAUCAUGAAGCUUACUUCAAUGCUAGUUUUUCAUGUCCUGAAUUGCCAUUAGCCCACCAGCACCAGGAUGAGUCUGAGCAGGCUGUAUCACUCUGUGGAAUUCUUAAGCAGGAUUCAAUAUCUUUCGGAAGAUUUUCUGCCGAGUCCCUGGCUUGGGAAAAAUGGUCAGUUUUCAGUCACAACAGGUAUGAAGAGGAGCUGGAGAAGUUCAAGCACCCCGGCUUAGUUGCUCAGAAGAAGGCAUAUUUUGAAGAAUACUACAGAAGGAUUAGAGCUAUGAAAGCGCUGCAAGCAGAACAGGAAGAAAUUAUCCAACCUGAUGCUUGUCAAGAUGCAGAGAGUAGCAAAAAUCGAAUAGAAGGCGAUGUAAAUUCUGUAGUGUCAAAAAAGGAAGAGAGGGCUAAUUCAAUACCGAUUUCUGACUGUAAUAUGACUAGUAAUCUGAACUCAUCUUCAGGAGGUCUUGUGGAACGGUCAGAUCAAGCUACCGAAGGAAGAAAAAGAAACUCUAGGGAAGCUAGCUUUAAGCAUAAAAGGAGUGUAUCGCUGCCCGUUAUUGAAGCGAAAAUUUCUAAUAAAAAUGCUUCUCAAUUGCACAAGCCAUCGAGUAGUAGCUUGAAAACUGCCCAGAAGAGUAACCAUGGCUCCGGCACAGUCAACCGAAAAGAAAACCAGCCAAAGAAGGGUCCAGUUGCUCUUGGUAGAAGCAAAACAACAAUAUCGGAAAGAAGCAGAACUGCAAAAAAUGAUGUUAAGCAAUCUGAGAAGUUGAAUCUAACCCUUCAUAGAAAAGCUGUUAGCAUAUCUGACAGUACCCUUCUUACAAGUAAGAAAAGUGACCCUAAAUCUGCAAGAAAGAUAAAUAGAAAUUUUACUGAAGUUUGCCCGGCUGCUGCUGUUUUCAACUCUUUGUUGAUAAGGGAUAAGCCAAAAGGAUUGCCAAUUCAUGCUCAAUCUUCUGCUGUGAUGCAGUCUUCUCCAAUUUCUCAAGGCAUGGCAAGGAUGAUAUCAACUAGAUUGCCAGAACAUGCACAAUCUUCGAAGCAAAGGUCUUCUCUGAGUAUACAAGCUCAACAGUUGAAGCCAAACAUAACUUCCCAAGCCGUGGCCGAGAAGUUACCAACCAGAGUGCCAGUUUGUGCUCAAUCAGCUAAGAGGAUUUCGAAUGAUAUCAUGGUUAAAGGUGGCUUGAAAAACACAGCUCUAUCCAAGAGGUCUGCCAACCAUUCUAUUCGGAGUGAAUCAAAUAAAAAAAAUGGGGAUGAAAUUGGGUGGAGGAGUUGUGUCAAACAAGGAAAAGAGAAAGAGGGAAAACUGGAAAAGGGUCCGGUGGUUCGAAUAGAUCAAAAGGCUGCAUCAUCUUCAGGACUACGAGAGGAAAAGCUUAUCUCAUUGUCGGUGCCAAAUACUCCCAAGGCUUUGAAUGCAAAGCUAGUCCACAAGAUUGCUCCAGGACAUUCUGCCGACCUGACACAUGGUCAAUGGAAACCAAGUCACUAUGCAGAGAGAAGACACUCGGGUGGCGAUGAGAUGAAAACAUAGAGCCUAUGCAGAUAAUAGUUGAUGAUUAUGGAUGCAAGAAGGAAGAUGAGAAAAGAAAAGGUGAUUUUCAGAUAGAACUUCUUGUCUGAGCUGCUUUGUAAAUAGAUUAAAGCUAAGUUGAAUUACUUACAACCAGGAAGUUUAUGCUUAUAUAAUUCCGUGUUUUCAAGGCUACAGUUUCACCAAGCUUUGGAGUAUCUUAUAGUUAAAGAAAGGUUGCUAGAUUCAAUCAUCAAUCAAACAGAUUCUUGAUGUAACCUGAAAAGCUAGUUCAGAUUGAAUCAGAUAGUAGUUAGAGUAUCUACUAGUAACAGUAGUUCCGGGUGGUGCUUGUUCUGUAAAUUCUUGUAUAUUAUCAGUAUUUUAUAUGGAAGAAACCUGAAAAGCUCAGUUUUGAUGCAUUUCAGAGAAUAUCAUUAGAAGCCUGGAACAAUUUCUGGCUUGUAACAGGGGAUUUAUGGUUAGAGAUAUUCAUUCUCAGGGUAUUUUUUGUAAAGGUGUUAGUUUGAAGAGAUGAGACGCUUAUGUGUCGUGAGAAAACAGUCUCAUCUAGUCAUGUCACAAAAAGUUGAAAUGUUAAUCCUGUUAGAGAGAUUAACACCGGUGUUGAAUAUU